AUGCUUUUUUUGGGAGGUUAUGAAAAGUUUAGGGGUGAGGUAAACAAACUUCUUAUAGAAGGAGAUAAUCUAAAGGAAGAGGAUGAAAUUUUGAUUUCCUUAAUUUUAGAGUCAGAAAUCCCAAGAGAAGUAUUGGAUCUUGCCAAAGGACCGAAGGAGGAAGGGAAUUUGUUGUUCAAGAGUGGGAGCAUAAAGGAUGCUUUGGAGAAAUAUGGUUAUGCAGGUUUGAUAUUGGCCCGAUAUAUUUUUUAUUUGGAAGAGGAUAGGAUUAAGUUCUUUGAAUUGGCUAAUUGUAUUUUGUUGAAUUUGGCUGCUUGUUUUAAUAAGAGAAAGGAGUUUGAACUGGUUGGUUAUAUUUUCUCUAUCAUAUUGGAAUAUAAUCCAAAUAAUGUCAAGGCCUUAUUCAGGCGAGCCUCGGCUUCAAUUGAAUUGGGUAGAUGUGAUUUUGCAUACUGGGACUUAUCAACAACUAAAGAAAUUGAUCCUACAAACGGUGAAAUAUCUAAAAAACUUGGGCAAGUUCAACCUUUUGUCAUUAAAAAGGUGCAAAAAUCUCGUUCCCCAGGUGGUAUUCCAGUUGGACUAGGAAUUGAUUUGUCCUCCCCAAAGAAAAAAUAG